CUCAAUUAAAUUAUAACGCAGAUAAUGAUUUCACUGUACACACCCCACAGUUAAUGAUUUCUAUAACUUUUGAAAACAAAACGAUAAACCCGACUAAGCCUCAAAAAACUCCUCAACAUUCAUUCAAAUCAUCGAGCGAAACCGGACUCGAACUCGACUCCCGUACACCAAUUUACCGCUACGCCACCGGACCCCAAAUAAAAUUCUAGGGAAUAAAUAAUAAGUACAACCUCUUACUCGUGAUGCCUUUUUCAACGGUUGAGCGCAAACCAUGAACGAAACGUACAGUUCAUGGCGGAGAAUGCGGUUUUGCAUUUAAUUCAACUUUUUAAGAAUAAUGCCGCCGCGGAAGCUAGAAUUCAGGGUUUGGAUGCAUUGCGUUCCUAUUUAAACAAAAACAACAUAUCGAGUGAUCAAAUUGGAGUAUAUAUAAACUGUUUUCAGCUUGCUCUGGAAACGGUCAAUCCUCUUCUUCUUCGUUCAGCCUUCGCUUGCUAUGAAACUUUCUUAAAACGACUGCGUGCUCAGUUUCCCAAUUGGGUUAAACACCAUGUGUCACAGUUAAAAACUCUAGCGUUAGAUCACAUAGCAUCGAAAGACCUCCGACGACGGGUUUUAAAUGUACUGCUUGAGUUAUGGCACAUGAACCAUACAGAUGUCGAACAAUCGAUGCACCAAAUACUUACAACAAACAAGAACCCGGAUUCUCGUCUACACUGUUUGCAUUGGUUUACGCUUGCACAAAAAAGCGGAUUAAAUGUUGAUCUCAAGACAUUGCGCCCUGCACUUAUUCGUAAUCUUAGUCAUGCUGAUCCACAUUUACGUGAGGAGUCAAAGAACGUACUUAUUUCAUACUACAAGGGUACUACAAAACAGACUAGAGCAUUACUGCAAAGGGAUCUUUUGGACCACAAUGUGCAAAAGGAUCUUGUGUCAAGUAUUGCGACCGAACUUGGGUUGGACUUGGCGUCAGGCUCAAAUAACCAGAAUGGCAUUAAUGACACACCCACAAUGAAAGUGCUACUCCAUACAUAUCCUACAGCUGAGCUUGAAAAACUGGAACCGCUUGGUACAAAUUUUUCAAGACAAUUGGACCAGGAUUUUUCCCCCUAUUACUCUGUUUUUGAAGGCAAGGAGACCGAACAAAACUGGUCUAUCCGCCAAGAGAUGAUUACAAAGCUACGACGUUAUUUACGUGGCAACGCACUUGACGAUUUUCAUAGUGAAUUACUAAGCGUCGUCAGAAACCUUCGCAACGGUAUUGUGGUUGGACUAUCAUCUUUAAGAACAACACUAAGCUACACGUCCGCACAGCUUUUAAAAGAAUUAGCGAUCCUUUUGAAAACCGAGAUUGACUCUAUGGUCGAUAUUUUUUUGCCAAAUCUUCUGAAGGCAUGUGCUCUCACCAAAAAAGUUAUAUCUCAUGCUGCCAAUGUCACAUUUGCUACUAUGAUAGCACAUUGUGGAUCGCCCCAGAGGAAUUUUAUAUUUAUAAUGCAGGCUUCACAGGAUAAAAAUGCGCAAUUACGAAUUUUCUCUGCAAAUUGGGCGGACUUAAUGCUCAAUCUAAAAAAAGAUGUAGGCCUAAAUCUGGACCCUCAGCUUGCUUCCAAGAACUACGAAAAAAUUGUGAUCAAGGGGCUUUCCGAUUCAAACUCUCAAGUUCGUGAGCUAUAUCGCAAACUUUUUUGGAAAGUAGUAGAUGCGUUUCCAUCCACGCAGUCAACAAUGGAGGAUAAUUUAUCGCCGACAAUACUAAAGCAAUUGGAGGCACUAAAUUCUCGCAAAUUGCCGCUUUCUUCUUCCUACCCAAAUACAUACAAGCGUGGAAACUUACGUCCCAUAUCCCUUCUUAAGAGUUCCGCAGUAAGGGAGCCUCUUCUAAAAUCUAAGAAAGAGGAACACCCUUCUUAUGCUACUGCCAACCAAAACGGAAUUCGAAAAUUGGGGUUGCCUCAACGUUCAGCUUCUAAUCCCGAAAAGAAAAGGUCCACCUCGAAGGUUCCAGCAAUCACACAACUCUCGUCUAACUUUAAUCAUAACUCUUCAGAGCGGACUGUAACUUUUCCUUCUAACGGUGCACAAAGAGUCCUGUCCUCCGGUGCUGUAAGCGGUAAUCCGAACGGCACUAGGCAGAAACUAUUGGAUCUAUUGGGUUCGGACAUGGAUAAGAAGCAAUAUGAAGGUGUGAAGCUCCUGCUUUCGAAAUUUAACAGAUCACAGCGUUCAUUCUCUGUGGAGGUGCCUCGAAAAGAAUAUAUUAGUCCUUACCUUGGGAAGCUUCUGCAUAAUGGUACUACAUUGGCAUAUUCACUGCUGUUCACUCCGGAAUCUUUAGAAUGUCUUUUGCUAUUGUUACCGGCGCAAACUGUAAUGGCUCGUCUACUACUCGCAGUUCAUGACAACACAGACUUAGCCCAUGCAUUCUCAGCACCCUGCUUACCGAUGCUUAAAGAGAAACUUUCAAAAAUACAUGCUUUUCAAGAUCUAUACCAAUUGUUAAUGGACAUAUCCAAUAUGAGUGCUGUUCCAAAAUUAUUCCCUUAUAAAACAGACCAAAAACGAAUUAUAAUUUUUGGCUGUUUAACAUGGUUACGCGAGAUUUUCAAUGAGGAAGUACUCUUAACCAAAAACCCAGAGUUUCUUAAAGAAGUAUUCACAAAUGUCUCCGUAAAAAAUUGUGCAGUAAGCAUUCUACCUAUGGUAGCAAAAACCAAAACGACGUCCAGAAACUGGUUGCCUCUCAGCAGUUUACUCAAAGCUUUCAGUGAUUAUGAUUCAACUAUAUAUGAGGCAGUACGUUCCCAACUCGAUGUAACCUCUAGCACAAAAUUACUUGACUCUUGGAACACUAAUGGGGGAGCAGAAUGCACUGACGAACCAAGAUCUCCAUCUUCUUCUUUAAAACCCAUUUCGAAUACAGGUGCGUCCAUUUUGUCUGAAGAAGGUCAAAAUGCGACAACGGAUGUUGCGUCAACCGAGAAACAGGAAUUUACCAAGAAAGAAGGAUUGAAGCCUGAUCUUGACGUUGCAACUAAUAGCGAGGCCAUGCUUAGUAAAUCUAUUAAAGAUGCUGGGCUAAAAUCAAAUGGGAAUGCUAACGAAAACACUCCGGUUCUCUCCAUUCAAGAAAAACUUGAUUUGACAUUCAAUGAAUUUAGUGCUUCUGAACUGCAAGAAGUAUAUAAUCAAGAUGCCGAAUUAACAAUGAUUGCUCCUAACUUUAGGGUUGAAGAUAUACAAAAAGUAAACAUUUUGCACUCACCCAAAACUGAGAGCGUUAAUUUCGAUGAUUCUGAUCUUGACGAAAUUAAAAGUUCUGACGAGGGCAAAGAUAUAUUACCAUCUCUCGAUAAUCUAUUAUUGCCUGUCGAUGUUGAUGUUGCUCAUACUGACUUGUCGAACGGAGAAAAGAAAAGCGAGCACAAAGUUACUCUGUCUAAGCAGGGAUCACCUGCCCUAGACAGUGAAGACAGAAUAAGCCCAAUCCCAUCAACGCCAAUACCAUUAGAUGUUGAUAUUGCUCCCAACAAGUGGUUAAAGUUUCGCUUAGACAAAAUGACAACCAGCACGCCUCUCUCCAAGUCUUGUUCUGAGGAUCUAUUGUAUCAGCUUACUGUCGCAUUUGAACGAAAGCAAGCGCCAUCUCCGUUAUUAAGACAGGUUCUAAAAUUAGUCCAGAAACAACCAGAACUGACACUGAACAACAUAAACUUUGCCUCAAGUUUGAUGAACUAUCUAAGUGAUGAAAGCGUAACCGCCAACAUUGCGGACAUCUUGUUAUUAUUACGCGAGUAUCUACUCGUAGCUUCAAAACAACUGCACUUUGACGCUUGCUCUAUUGUUAUAUCUUCGUUACUGAAACGUGCAACAAUAUCUGAAGAUGAAGAUGCUGUUUCUAUUGGAAUUGAAGAUAAUGUCGUCAUUGUUGGUCGCAUCGCUAACCCGUUUAAAAUUAUCUUCUUUGUCAGGGAAAGGAUUCUCGUAAAACCCAGUCCUUCUGAAAGGCAUCUCGUUCUUUUGUUGCAAUUACUUGCAGAAGGUGUUAAGCGUUUUGAUUUCUUCUUAUAUCCCGAAUGCAAUACUGCGCUACAGUCCAUCGUUUCCGCAUUUAUUGAGCACCCUAAUCCUGCUGUUCGUAAAAACGUUUUCCAAAUCUGCAUUGCCAUGAAUACUGUUACAAAGUCGUUCGAUAAAACAUUUGAAGUUUUGAACACGCUUACCGAGGGGCAGCGUAACCUUAUAAUUCAUUUUUCUAGUAUCGUUUAGUACAGAGUCCAUCUUGUUUUAUCUUCGUUGUUUUAUCCGUUUAAUGUCACUUCUUAUUUUUAUUAAUUGGUCAUGAUUAGUUGACAGUAAAGAAGCCUCAAAAACACAAGCCUAACAUUUUCUUCAACUUCAAAAGCUCAGAGUUGGCAAUAAACGUGGCCUGCUCUGCUCCCUCUUUGGCAACUGUGUUUAAGUAAUCUAUAUCACCAAGAUAUCGUUGAAAGCGCUCUGAUAUCGGACCCAAACAUUGCGUCACAGCUUCUGCAACAGUGGCUUUAAGUUCAACGUGUGAUGCAUCAGCAAAGGAAGAGCUCAGGCUUGUAAUGUCUUUGCCAGUCGUCGCGGAGAGAAUGGCCAAAAGAUUGCUGAUACCAGGACGAUUUAUUCUGUCGUAAGUAAUACCACUUAUAGAAUCAGUCAGUGCUCGACUGAUUUUACGUGCUAUUAUUGAUGCCGUAUCCGUCAGUAAUAUAUAAUUCUCUGUAUUGUCAUCGGACUUUGACAUUUUUUUCGUGGGUCUUCUUAAUGCCAUUAUAGAGGAGUAAUAAUCUUUUCAUUAUUGUUAGCACACAAAGUUAAGAAAAGAACUUACUUAA